AUGUCUACUUCAUCUUCAUCCAACGAAAUCAUCCUCCCACCUAUGCUACCCGACUUAUCAACGGGUAGUUCAUUUUUAUUUUUUAAAGACGCGUUAGCGGCGGUGGAAGAGCUAGAAGACUCGGGUUCCUCUAAUGACACCCGCGCAUACAUCGAGCGACAUCGAGAAGAAGCCCAUGAAAAGUUAAUGCGUGAUUAUUUCGCGAAACCGCCAAAAUUCGGCGAACGCUUCUUUCGACAUCGUUAUCGCAUGAGUAAACGGUUGUUUUUAAAGAUUGUUGGUGACAUUGAAGCUCAAUACCUGUAUUUCCAACAACAUACGGACUCAAGGAAUAGACAAGGUUUCUCGCUGAUACAGAAAUGCACGUCGGCAAUCAAGCAACUCUCGACCGGUGAACCAUCGGAGAACUUCGAUGAGUAUUUAUGCAUGGCCGAUCGCACGUCACGCGAAUGUCUUAUCAACUUUUGUGAUGCGGUCAUUAAUAUAUAUGGGCGCGAGUUUUUACGUAGGCCAACGUCCCAUGAUAUAGCUAUGAUCCAACAGGCGCAUGAAGCGCGACAUCAUCUUCCUGGGAUGCUUGGUAGUCUUGAUUGUACGCAUGUCGAAUGGAGGUAUUGUCUAAGGAGUUUGAAAAGGCAAUACACACGUGGGGAUCAUAAAGUCCCUACGAUCAUAAUUGAGGCUGUCGCUUCACAAGAUUUAUGGAUAUGGCAUUCGUUUUUUGGUCCUCCCGGGUCAAAUAACGAUAUUAAUGUGUUGAAUCAGUCGCCUUGUAUGACAAGGUGGUUUACGUUUGUUAAGGCUUAUCCACACCCUGUCGAUCCAAAAGAAAAGAAGUUCAAGAGAGUACAAGAAGCGGCAAGAAAAGAUAUUGAAAGGGUUUUUGGUGUUCUUAAGGGAAAAUGGAAGAUUUUGGAGCGCCGGAUUCGUUUUUACGAUUUAGACAAGAUCGGCAAAGUCGUCGAAGCGUGUUGUAUAUUGCACAACAUGAUCAUUAAGGACGACGGGAGGGCAAUUUCACCGGUUCAUAUAAUGGACCAACCGACACCGAUAGUGUAUGAUCCUAGCGUUUUACCGGAGUUGCAUGACGAAAACGUCCAUCAUCGUCUCCGGUAUGAUUUUACAGAGCAUGUAUCGGGUCUAGAUUUGGCAUACCUCGAUGACCCGACUUUUCAACCAACACCGAUUGAAGAUUUAAUUUAG